CUUCCUCCAUCCCCCUAUCUAUCUUUUCCCCUUCCCCAUGUCUUGAUAAUUCCAUCCUCCACCUUCAUCACUUUUUAAGUCAUUUCCCCCCUCGACUUUUCGAGAGGAAAUUACUUCCAUCUAGCAUAGUCAAGAACGGUGCCACUUUUGAUUACAGCGGUAAUAUCACCAUGUUCGAGGACUUCUCUUUCUCGUCUCCCUCCUCCACUCGGCCUCCCCGCCUGGCCCUGGACAACGAUGAAUACCACCGCCGCACCCUCGACCACGACAGCGGAUUGAUCUCCCCGUUGUCCUCGCGGUGUCCCUCCCCACGCUCCUCAGCGCAGCGCUUUCCGCGCACCCUUUCGCGCUCGUCGCGAGCCUCCUACUCCCGAGGCGGCCCGGCUCAAGCGCCCACCUCCGUCCCCUUCUCCGCAUACGAGCAGAAGCGCUUCUCCAUCAGCACCCUCACCAAGAAACUCCACGAGCAUACCCUGCAGAACCCAUCCGGCGGCGCUUCCGGUAAUGCCUUUCCCGCCAUCUGCGAUGACCGCUUCCCCGAUGCGCCCAUCUCUCCCACCUCCCCUUCCGACCUCCACUUCAGCCACAACCACAAUCACAGCAGCAGCAGCCCCAAGCUCUUCCCCGGCUACGUCCUCACACCCCCAGACACUGACCUGGACGAUGAAUCCCUCACCUCCGGCUCCCUCUCCCCGACCUUCCCACCUACCUCCUCCUCCCCAUACCUGAACCCCACGUCCGCGCCCGUCGCGGAAAGCUACAACUCCCCGACCGACUCCACAACCCCAAUGGACCUCAGCAACGCAGACGAUCAAGAACAACUCAGCUACCACAACCCCUACACCACCACAACCGUCCGCGCCCAGCGCCAACACAUCUCCCGCCUGCAAUACUCCAACCCCACCGACCUAGAAGCCAUCCGCCUGGCCUUGAUCUCCGAAGACGAGGCCCUGCGCACCGCCGUCUCCAAUAACUACUCCACCUGCGAAGACGACUGGCACCCUAGCUCGCUCCCCCCGCAGUCCUCCCCGCGCAGACGCGCCCUCACAGCUUCGUCCCGCGGCAGUCGGUUCCGUCCCGGCGGCGGCGGCGGUGGCGCUACAGACGCAUCCUCCUCCUCCCCUACGUCCGCAUCGGCCUCUUCUUCCUCGUCAUCGUCAGCGGGAGAAUCUUACCCCCGGUCAAGGAGAAAGAGCAGCGUCAGUGCGCUGCAAUCCUCUUCUCGGCGCAUCGAGAAGAGCUAUCAUCAUUUCAGCUCGACCCGGGACCUGCGCAAGAAAAGUGAACAGGGACUGCGGAGGAAGAGUCUUGUUAGUGCGGCGCUUGCUUCGAUGGUUGAGUGAGGUGGGACGGACCUCUCAUCGUCUUAACCUUGCUUCGAUAUUUAUAAAUAUACAUGUCGCUUGUCGUGGGUUGGAUAUGUCACUUCUAACUACUACGCGUGUUCCUUUCUUUCGGUCUGAUGCCUGCUCUGGUAUCUUUCACCUUUUUUUUUUCUUCUUUAAGGCUUUCUCUUCUGGUUGGAUUUCUCUUGUACUAUAUCCUGGUUCCACUACUGCUCACAUUCGAUGUUGCUUCCUUCCACUAUUACUCUUCUUAUGGCAAUGCUUUUCUUUCAGGGUUUGGAAUUUGCUUGUGCAUUGUGUGCAUGUCGAACAAAGAAAGAUACCCAGACUGUCUGCUUUUCCUAUCUUGGUCAUCACUUUACUUAUUUACUCGAUUUAUGGUACAUUUAAAUUUCAUGGCUCCUCUGCGCAACGUGGAUAUUCUCAGAGGCGCAGCGCGAAAAGUCACUUAUAUACUAUC